AAGAUGGCGGCGCCCAUGGAGGUGGCCGUGUGUACAGACUCGUCUGCUCACCUGUGGAGCUGUAUCGUGUGGGAGCUGCACUCGGGCGCUAACCUGCUCACGUACCGCGGUGGCCAAGCUGGGCCCCGUGGCCUGGCCCUGCUCAAUGGCGAGUACCUACUGGCGGCGCAGCUGGGCAAGAACUACAUUAGCGCCUGGGAGCUGCAGCGGAAGGACCAGCUUCAGCAGAAGAUCAUGUGCCCCGGGCCUGUCACCUGUCUGACCACGUCGCCCAAUGGCCUCUACAUGUUGGCGGGGAUUGCAGAGAGCAUAUACCUAUGGGAAGUCUCCACGGGGAACCUCCUGGUCAUCCUGAGUCGCCACUACCAGGAUAUCUCCUGCCUGCAGUUCACAGGAGACAGCAGCCACUUCCUCUCAGGGGGCAAGGACUGCCUGGUGCUGGUGUGGAGCCUGUGCAGUGUGCUGCAGGCAGACUCCUCCAGGACCCCGACCCCCCGGCACAUCUGGUCCCACCACACCCUCCCCAUCACAGACCUGCACUGUGGCUUUGGGGGGCCCCUGGCCCGGGUGGCCACAGCCUCACUGGACCAGACAGUGAAGCUGUGGGAGAUCUCCUCAGGCGAGCUGCUGCUGUCCGUGCUCUUUGACGUGGGCAUUAUGGCUGUGACCAUGGACCUAGCUGAGCAUCACAUGUUCUGCGGUGGCAGUGAGGGCUCUAUCUUCCAGGUGGACCUCUGCACCUGGCCUGGGCAGAGAGAGAAGAGCUUCCAGCCAGAACAGGACAGCGGGAAGGUGUUCAAAGGCCACAGGAACCAGGUGACCUGCCUGUCAGUGUCCACUGAUGGCAGUGUGCUGCUCUCCGGUUCACAUGACGAGACGGUGCGCCUCUGGGACAUUCAGAGCAAGCAGUGCAUCAGGACAGUGACCCUCAAAGGCCCCGUGACCAAUGCCUUCAUAAUGCUGGCACCGGUCAACAUGCUGAGCUCCGACUUCAGGCCCAGCCUGCCUCUGCCACACUUCAACAAGCACCUCCUGGGGGCUGAGCAUGGGGAUGAACAGCACCGUGGGGGCCUUACUCUGCGCCUGGGCCUCCACCAGCAGGGUUCAGAGCCCAGCUACCUAGAGCGAGCAGAGCAGCUGCACGUGGUAAUGUGCAGUACUAUGGAAAAGAACGUGCUGGGUGGCCAAGACCAGCUGCGGAUUCGAAUCACAGAAUUGGAAGACGAGGUGCAGAACCUGCGCAAGAUCAAUCGAGACCUGUUUGACUUCUCCACCCGCAUCAUCACCCGGCCUUCCAAGUGAGUGCCGGGACCCAGACCCCUACCUACGGACAGGCCGACAGAGUCACCCACCUUGGGGCUACUGGGCCAAAGCCCCCAGACCAGCAGCACUGUUACAAGCUCAUAUUUUCCUGGUUCCAUGUUUGGAUUGUUACCUGCAUGAGGGAUCAAUUUGUCUGUGUUGAUCCACUGGUGUCUGUUGUGUCCAGUUGGUUCUGUUUUGUUUUUAACAAAAGACUUAAAAGUCCGCCCUCUUCAGUCCUCCAUGUGUGCUGAGAGCUGUCCCAGGUCCCAGGCUGGGCUCCAGGACCCUUGAGGCAGGCCAUCAGGUCUGACUUAAAAAUCAUAUUGAGAAGCUGUGGUUCUCAAAACCUUUCAGACACUCGUCUGUCACUCCAAUAUCAUUGCAUGACCUUGAAGGACAGGCCAUCCUGUGUGGGAGGGGAUGGUGCCUCAGCUACAGACUGAGGUAACCAGUUGUAGCUAGAACUCCUGGAGAGUAGUAUGGUUACACUGAUCACAUCCCGAUGGCCACCAAGUGUACCCUCAACCUUGGUCAAGGCAAGGGCUGUGGGGUAGUAGCCAGUUCUGGGCCAGAGUACCCAGGAGGGUCAUGUGCUUGGGACCACUUGACCAGAACAUUCUUGUCAGUGUCAAGGCCCCAAGGGAGCCAGGUGCCUCCACUGUCCUGAGGACACCACCAGUCCAGUCAGCACCUGGAACCCAGCCCAGAAGCAUGGGCCACAAGGCUGCCCUCAGAACUUUCCAGAAAGCCAGUGACAGUCCUGCUUAAUGAUCCAGAAAACCCACGUAAUUUAUCAGGUGCCAUCAUAACUGCAUCUGCGAGCCAGCAGCCAGCACUGAAUUUAUGCUUUUAGACUAAUUGGAGCUCCCCAUCCCCAGGGCUCUGUGUCCUCUCAAGCAGGUGGCCCAGCCAUACACUGCAGCAGGCUGCCUGGGGACAGGACUGGGCUCACCAUCCUUCCACCCCUCUGGUCCUCGCACUCAUCCUCUCCCCUGCCCAGGACAGGAUGAUACUUGGGGCUGUUCUGUUAGUGCCAGGUAAGGGGUCCAACUGGUUGAUAGGGGCUAUAUCGUGGUCCCACACACACACUGAGUAGGCUCUGUAGCAGCUCAUUAGCAAAGCUGGGGACAUGGAACUUGGUCUGCAGGGGUUCCAGGAGAUAGAUGGGGGACUUCGAGAUGAGUGCAGGCUCCCCAAGGGUGCCUUAUCUACCAGGACCCAAGACCCUCUGGGCCCUGGUCCUGGUGAGGGCACUUCUGCCUAGCCACAUGAACCCCAGCCCUCCACUCUGCUUUUGGUAGGUGAGUUGGGGUUAGUUCUGAGCCUCGUACUGCUGCCCAUGUCUGCAUCAGCGCUGGCAGGUUGCCGUGAGAUGGGCUGACAAUCCCAGCCUCUGUCUGGCAGCUUCCCCUGGAUCUGGGUUUUCUUGUCUCGGGCUAUAGAAGGGGAGGGGGCUGUUCCCGUUGUUCCUCAGCCUGCAUGUAUUUCCAGGGCCAGGGGCCCCCCAAAACCACCCUGAAGCUUCAAUUGCUGGGGUACCCUGGGCAGAGAAGGUGUGGGGUCCACUUGGACAAUCGUGGAGUUGUUCCGAUGUUCUGACUCAGACCUGAGGGGCUGUGUUACCUCCCCACCCUACAGCCUCUGACACUCUAGGAGAGGGAACAUCAACACACAAAUGGUCCUUGUAACAAUUCUCUGAGCACCACAUGUCCAGUGCAGUCCUAGAAGGUUGCCCAUCCUCUGCAGGCUACCACGAGAGGGCUUAGAGGAGUUUGUCCAGCCUAUCAUGCACCUUGCAGGCAACAUAGGCAGGCAGUGAGGACAGAGCUGACCUCUUCCUCAUCUGGCCUGAAAACAUGGCACACAUUUCUUAGCACAGUUUGAUCCCAAAUCCUAGGCUAUCAUUGCCAGAGGCACCUGGCUCCCUUGGGCCCUUGACACUGACAGCACCAGAAUUCACUGUUGACCACUGUGUGCUGGCAGAGUUUCUGUAAACCAGGUGAGAUGCCACCUCACACCCUCUAGGACCACUGUUGUUUAAAACAAAAAGUGUCCAGCCCAGCUGUUGUGGCUCAGUUUAUUGAGCAUUGGCCCAUGUACCAGAAGGUUGCUAGUUUGAUUCACUGUCAGGCCAUAUUACCGAACCCAGGUUUCGGGACAUGCAGGAGGCACCCAGUUGAUGUUUCUGUCUCUCCCUCCCUUCC